GUGACAGCGUCGCAAAGGCUAUACCGAUGAAAAGGAAUUGUCGUCUGCAAUACCUCACAAAAAUGGAAGGAAAGAGUUUAAACACGUUAGCUGCUUCUGAAUCAAAAAUAAAAUAUGAAGCUCCCAGUCCCAACACGUGUGACUUUAAAAAUACGUUUUUAACCAAAGGUUGCAAAAUUAAGAUUGUGUGCAUGAAAAAUUGAAAAGUUUUUCUUGGCUUUGUGGCAAAUAUGGCAUAGCCCAUGAGAACGAAGACAUGCCUUAUCUUCAUUUGAACCUCGAAGUGGACAAUGAAAUGAGAGGGAAAGAUUUGAAACCAGAAAUCAAUAAGAUAUUUGAUGGCAAUGCUUCAGAAUACAUUGAAUUACGUUUUGUCGACCCAUCAGACGAAAUAAUAAUUCGACCACUAUCCAACAUGGUUCACUCAAAGCGCGAUGAUGAGCCUAAUGAAGAAUCCCGUGGCACGUUGACUCUGUUCAGCUGUAAAGAUGGCAAACAAUACGCGUUGACUUGUCUUCAUGUUGGAUAUGGAAAAGUUCCGAAAGGUGCCGAUCAGUUCCUUUACAUUCGAGACAAAAUUGAAAAUGAUAAAUUGGCAUUUGAGAAAUUUCUACUAAAAAACAAGUACUCUUAUACUCAUGAAAACAGCAUAAAAAUGCCUCUUGGCGAGCUAUUUCGUUACUCAUUUGAUCUUGAAACCGACAUCGUGGCAAUCUUAAUUGAUGACAAAGAAAAUGAAUUUACUGCGGCUGAAAUAGAGAUGCCGAGUUCUUUCGAUGCUGUGUUUGAUAAUUUGUUAUCGAAGGAAAAUGAAAAAGUUUAUAAAGUUGGUGACGAGUCGGGCUUGAACGAAAUUGCUGACCUCAGUUGUAGCGUUUUUGACAACAACAAGAAAAAAGUGUUUCGUGAUGCAGUGGCAGUAAAGAGUGAUAACGAGUUCCUCCGGCCUGGAGAGUCUAGUUGCCUAGUGUAUUAUUAUGAUGAGAACAACAAAAAGAUACCAUUUGCGUAUGGAGUUGCUGCAGUGACCGAGAAGAAAAACGAGACGUAUUAUGUUUGCAUGAAAUUAAAAGAUGGUUUACAAAAUUUGAGACUUCUCGAAAAUGUCUCCUUCAAAGACUUUUCACGUGAUACUAAAUGAUUACUCUUUGUGAUGAAGAACAUAUAUAUGCAUCAUUUAAAACCUAUGUACUCAUUUAACUUAUGUUCAUUUAUAUUUACAGGCAUUAA